AUGAUGUCUUCUUUUGCUGUUGGUUAUGUAGCCAGAUCUGCUCCUCGCCCUCGAAGUGCAGCUACACGCAGCCCAAAAAGAUCUACUCCAAGCUAUACUCCACCUCCUAAGACUGAUCAUUCCUACUCAAGCGGUAGUAGCAGCAACUAUGGCGAAGGGAUGACUAGUCAUGUUGUAGAUGCAAUUGUCGAUGCUUUUAAGUUCUUACGAACCACGAAGGAACUCCCUGUUGCAGCUCCUGACACAAACAGCUCCGCUUCUAUUUCAUGUGUCACUCAAGCCAAAGCUUUCCAAGACUGCCUCGACGAGUUUGAAACAGACAUCACUAAAUGCCAGUUAUACAUGAACAUGUGGUCUCAGUGCAAGAAGAGGAAUUCUGAUUCCAAGUUAUCCGCCUAA